AUGGAGAAGAAUAAUGAUCAUCACAAGGCUAGCCACGGUGGUUCCGAUGGUGCGGCCACGGAGAAGUGGGAGGAGGUAAGUACCGGAAUCCGAACCGCCGAGACAAUGCUCCGGUUAGCUCCGGUGGGGCUUUGUGUUGCUGCGCUUGUUAUCAUGCUUAAAGACUCUGAGGCUAAUGAGUUCGGCUCAAUUUCUUACUCCAAUCUCUCAGCUUUCAGGUACUUGGUGCACGCAAAUGGAAUAUGUGCAGGCUACUCCCUUCUCUCGGCAGCCAUUGCAGCCAUGCCUGGUUCUUCUUCCACAAUGCCUCGUGUUUGGACCUUCUUCUGUCUCGACCAGAUUCUGACCUACGUGGUUCUUGCUGCUGGAGUUGUGUCAACUGAAGUUCUUUACUUAGCGUACAAUGGAGACAACGCCAUUACUUGGAGCGAUGCGUGCAGUUCCUAUGGCAGUUUCUGCCAUAAAGCCACUGCUUCUGUUAUAAUCACAUUCGUCGUGGUUUGCUUCUAUGUCGUUCUCUCUCUCAUCUCUUCUUAUAAGCUCUUUACACGCUUUGAUCCUCCAGCCAUCGUUGACUCUACCAAGAACGUAGAAGUUGCCGUCUUUGGAAGUUGA